AUGCCUGAAAUGCUGCUGGAGAUGGAGCAGGAAGAUGUUGAGAUUCCCAGUAGGCGGGUUUUGAUUACUGGUGCUACCGGGCUUCUUGGCAGAGCUGUGUUCAAAGAAUUCAAUGGGAACAACUGGAAUGCGGUGGGCUGUGGAUACAGGAGAGCGCAGCCCAGGUUUGAGCAGAUCAAUCUCCUGGACUCUAUUGCAGUUCAUGACAUUGUCCAUGAUUUUCAGCCUCACGUUAUAGUGCAUUGUGCUGCCGAGAGAAGGCCGGAUGUUGUAGAAAGUCACCCCGAUUCUGCUUCUCAGCUCAAUGUGGCCGCUUCAGGCAACCUGGCCAAAGAGGCAGCUUCAAUUGGAGCUUUUCUCAUCUACAUUAGUACGGACUAUGUAUUUGAUGGAACGAGUCCUCCUUAUAAAGAGACUGACGCACCAAAUCCCCUGAAUUUAUAUGGUAAAACAAAACUGGAAGGAGAAAAGGCCGUCCUAGAAAAUAAUGAAGAUGCUGCAGUGCUUAGGAUUCCCAUCUUGUAUGGAGAAGUAGAAAGACUGGAGGAAAGUGCUGUGACUGUUAUGUUUGAUAAAGUCCAGUUCAGUAAUAAAUCGGCCAACAUGGACCACUGGCAACAAAGAUUUCCUACUUAUGUCAAAGAUGUAGCAGCUGUUUGCAGACAACUAGCAGAGAAGAGAAUGCUGGACCCAUCAGUAAAAGGAACGUUUCACUGGUCUGGCAACGAGCAGAUGACUAAGUAUGAAAUGGCCUGUGCGAUUGCAGAUGCUUUCAACCUUCCCAGCAGCCACCUGAGACCCAUAACUGAUUGCCCAGUUGUGGGUGCUCUUCGUCCGCGGAACGCUCAGCUGGACUGCUCCAAGCUGGAGAUGCUGGGGAUAGGUCAGAGGACCCCGUUUCGAGCCGGCAUCAAAGAAUCACUGUGGCCUUUCCUCAUUGACAAGAGAUGGAGGCAGACAGUCUUCCAUUAGUUUGUAACUUUUUUAGUAAAGCUAUGUUAUGUGGCACUUUUUUAAAAGAAAAAAAGAAUAGUUUUGUAUGCGUGUUCUUAAAUUGUGACAUUUAUGAGUUUUCAUUUAAUCAGGUAAACAUACGGUCUUGCACUAGUGAAAUUGUUAUCCAAAAAAAAAAAGUUCAGUGACAGAAACUGAGCCUAUUUCAAGUGAUGAAUUUUUCCUUCCAUUUGUAUCAGUCUACCUUGAUAUCUAUUCCUAGUGAAUUAUGGUUCUUGGUAAUCAGUACCAUUUGAUAGUAAGAAAGACUUGGAUCACUUGUAGACUUCCUUUUGGCAGAUAUAUAUACUGUUAAUGCUUAAKGUCUGUGCUAUUGUUACAUAUACAGUUUCUCUUCAUUAAAAGACAUGGUUAGUUACUUGAUCACCAAAAAUCCGGGAGCUUUUUGUUUUAGCUUUGAAAGGUGUUCUAUUCAAGUUAAAAUAAAUGAUUCAAGUUAAAUGUUGGUUUUGCUUGAGCUCUGAUCAAAAUGUUUUUAGGAAAGUGAAACUUUAUUUUUGCAAUGAUCAAGUGUACUUUUUAUGCUUAAAAUAUUUUCAGAAUGUUCUGUAUUUCAAUGCCUGCAUCUUCAUAUUUGUAUAAUACAUUGUAUGCUUUUGUUUUAAUGGUGACUUGGAGUUUAGAUGGUGGGGAGCAAGUAGUUUUGACUUCAGCGCUUUUGUUUUGCUCAUUUAGAGAGGAAGUUUUGGUUUUGUUCUUUGGGGUUUUGGUUGUAUAAAAGCAUCAGGUGUUGUGUUUUGAAGGGGUUGGUUUGGGGAUUGGUGGAAACAGUGGUAGGAAGAUAUUGCUAGUCAGAAGAUGGAAGGAAGGGCGUUUCAAUUGUUUAUAGCACUGUAGCUUCUUUUGCACACUCCUUGAUCUUGCACUAAGGCAGCUUAUUCUGUAGUGGCAAGUUAGGUAGGUUGAAGGUUUGUACUGUCAUAAUGUAACCACAACUCUAUAAGCAAACCUUGGUUUUGCUCAAGGCUGGUCUUGACUUUUGUACUCAAUUCCGAGCUCAAGUGGAAGAACAGGCUUGUUCAAGGUUAGCCUCCAUCUGAGGUUGUUGGAAUCAACAAUGUAGAUGCUCUGAGAUUGCCAGCCUAUGAUGAGUGAAACUAAGAUGAGCUGCAUUUGGAUAAUCUGUUUUUCUGAGAAUGACGCAGGGGGGUUGGGAGGAAGAAGGUAGGGGAGAGGUGACUGUUGGGUCACCUCUGAGAGGUGACUAAUUAAAGGCAAAAACAGGUCAACUGGACGAGCUGCCUUGGAAAGGUCAGCUUUCAAUCUGAUUCCAGUAAAUUCCAGCUGGCAUGUGCUAGGAGUUCAUAAUCCUGAUGUGUUUCUUGGCCUGAAGUCCAAAUGCACACAUGGUAACCCCCCUCCACAAUUACAAUAAAUAUUCCUUACCAGUAUCAGAAACAGUUGUUGAUUCUUUAUUUCACCUAAGUUGUUUACCUUGUUCUUAUUGGAAUCUGUGCCCUUAGAAUGGUGUACUUUUUUUUUCUUUUGGUUUCAAUUCAUUUAAUGUAGUUCCAGGGUUAGAUUAGGGGUUCUCUCAGUGUGCCACUGCUUUGGGAAUGAAAUAAAGGUACACACAAAAAAGGUGCAGAAGAUUUUGAAACCAUGAGUCUGAAAUGUUCUGUGCCUGAGCAUGAAUGUUCAUAGCACAUUCCUUUGCACCUGCAGGCAACUAGCUGCUCAUAGUAACCUCGAUGCCAUUUCUUAAACUGAGAGUAAAUAGAGUGAGGUGAAAAAUGCUUAGCAAGGAAAUGUUUUAAUAGAUAUUAAAUGCUGUGUGGAUUUUUAGGGCUAUUGGAGAUAAACCGUUCCCCCGUACUGGAUUGUGAGCAAGCAGCUCAACUCA